CAAAACUCCUCCUUUUCUCGCAGUGAGCAGGAGUGCUCUGUGGUGAACAUGGCAGAUGCAGAGUAAGGUUCAGGCUGCUGCCGCCUCCUCCUCUUCCUCCUCACUGUACAACUUGUUGGCUGCCCAGCAAUUUCCCCCGCCGCUGGCUGAAGAGGUAGCUGGCCGGGGAAGAGCAGCCGGGUUCGGGGCUGCGUGUGCGUGUGUGGUGGGGAGGGGAAAAGCGGCGCCCUGGGCUGUGUGAUGAUCCGGGUAUGGAGGGCAAGCAGGGGGGAGCAUCGGGGGCCGCUGCGUCGCUGCUGAGCCGCUCCGGGAGCCGCGGGGCGCAGCGUGCCAGCCACUGCUGCUGGGCUCGGGGGCGGCGUGUCCGCCUUCCCGGGGCGGCGGCGCUGGGCUGGGUCUGAUCGCUCCUUGCAGGGCCGCUCAGCAGCUCCGCGCCCUUCCUCUGCGGGCGGCAGGCAGGGGCGGAGGGCGCCGAGCCGGCCAGGGGCAGGGAGCUGCAGCCAUGCUGCCCGGGGUGGGGGUGUUCGGCACCAGCCUCACCGCCCGGGUCAUCAUCCCGCUGCUGAAGGACGAGGGCUUCUCGGUCAAAGCGAUUUGGGGCCGGACCCAGGAGGAGGCGGAGGAGCUGGCCAAGGAGAUGAGCGUCCCCUUCUACACCAGCCGGAUAGACGAGGUCUUGCUGCACCAGGACGUGGACCUGGUCUGCAUCAACCUGCCGCCCCCGCUCACCAGGCAGAUCGCGGUGAAAACCCUGGGCAUUGGAAAAAAUGUCAUCUGUGACCGAACAGCAACUCCUCUGGAUGCCUUCAGGAUGAUGUCUGCGGCCCAUUAUUACCCCAAGCUCAUGAGCAUCAUGGGGAAUGUUCUCCGCUUCCUGCCUGCCUUUGUGAAGAUGAAGCAGCUGAUUCAGGAAGGCUAUGUGGGGGAGCUGCUGGUGUGCGAGGUGCAGGUGCACAGCGGAAGUCUGCUGGGCAAAAAGUACAACUGGAGCUGUGAUGACCUGAUGGGGGGCGGGGGUUUGCACUCGGUCGGUACCUAUAUCAUCGACCUCUUGACCUUCCUCACCAGCCAGAAGGCUGUGAAAGUCCACGGGUUGCUCAAGACCUUUGUGAAACAGACAGAUCACAUCAAGGGAAUACGUCAGAUCACCAGUGAUGACUUUUGCACGUUUCAAAUGGUUCUUGAAGGCGGGGUGUGCUGCACUGUGACCCUCAACUUCAAUGUCCCCGGGGAAUUCAAACAAGAUAUUAUUAUGGUAGGUUCAACUGGACGACUGAUUGUAAUAGGCACUGAUCUGUAUGGGCAGAGCAACAGAUCUCCUCAAAGAGAACUCCUUCUAAAGGACUCUAUGCCAGUCAGUAACUCCUUACUGCCUGAGAAGGCCUUCAGUGAUAUCCCAUCCCCAUACCUUCAGGGUACUAUUAAGAUGGUGCAGGCCAUCCGGCAAGCGUUUGAGGACCAGGAUGACAGGAGAACCUGGGAUGGGAGGCCCCUCACCAUGGCUGCGACUUUCGAUGACUGCCUGUAUGCCUUGUGCGUAGUGGACACCAUUAAAAAGUCAAACCAACUAGGGGAAUGGCAGAACAUUGCAAUCAUGACAGAAGAGCCAGAGCUGAGCCCUGCAUACCUGAUCAGUGAAGCCAUGCGUAGGAGCAGAAUGUCUCUGUACUGUUAGUUUCAUUCAGCUCUUAGAAAGGAAUGGAAAUAACACAGCUCUUAAAGAAUAAUUCAGACAGCAUAAGGAUUUGGACAUGUAAAAGUUUGACAACAUGGGAAAUGAAAAUUUGAUGUUUAAACUGACUAAACUAGUUGGUGUCUCUAUACGACGGUGAUGGGAGCAUUAGAAAUGCCUAAGCUAGAUAGAUGGAAAUGAGAAUUGUUUAAGGGCUGACAUAAAUAACUUGUGUUAACUGUUUAGCAGCAGUAUUAACUGGCUGGAUAGCGAGAUAUCAUGGAAACAGUUGUGUUUACUGUGAAAGUUCAGGAAGAUCCUUUUUGACUUACCUGUUCUGCCAGAGGGCUGUGAAGGCUCUGUCAUGUCAGAAAGUCUCCUGUGACAUCUGACGUGAAGAGUUCCCACCAUGCCAGCUGACAACACCACACUAUACUACUACAUUACUAACCAGUGUAUAGAAUAAUAAGACUUGUUGUGACCAAGUGUCCCGUGACCUGGACAAAUUUGGCAGCUCAAUUUUCAUAGCUUAUUCUGAGGUGUGUGUUUUUGUUUUUUUGUUUGUUUGUUUUUAACGUAAUUAAGUAGGGAACAUUGUGGCUUUUGUAAACAAGUCAGUCUCCAACAGCAGCUCAUAUAAGUGUGGGGGAGGGGGAAAGCAUUCUACAAGUUCAUGUUAAACUUCAAUGUUAGAUGUAAAGAUGUGCUCAUAAAAACGGGUUGUGGAAAACCUCAUCGGCAACAUCCAGGCCACGUGACACUCUUCUGAUUUUGGAUUUGUUACAUGCCAAAACUUGGGCCAGGUUUACACACUUUCCUGUGAGCGUGGGAUUGAGUUCUGAGUGAGCCGGGCUUGAAUUAUGGCAGAGAAUAUACAAAACUGCAGCAGCCACCAAGUUCCACAAUGCUCGGCCCAUAAGCUUUCAGCUCCUGAUGAUAGAGGGUCUGAAUGAAAAACCACAACGAAUGAGAAAAAUUCUUAUAGAUUUGCAGGGAAAAAAGCAAAAAUCUCCUUACCUGCCUAAAGUCAGCAGCCACAGGUACUGUGCUGACUGUUCCCUUUGUCACCAAUGCAGGAACAGACAAGUAGUCUCUUGUUUAGUUAUCCUCUUUGUCUUUACUAUAUUUGGCCCUGCUCUCGCAAACAUUUUAUGCAGAUGCUUGUAAACUGUCCUGGUAAGCUCUGUGGCACUCCUCUUAUGCAUUAAGCCACUCAUGUGUUCAUGAGUUUGCAGCAUCGGGGCUGCAGCUAUGAAAAAUAACACAACAAAAUGUAAUCCCCAGAAGAAUACAAAGCAAAAUUACAUUUGUCUUAAACUGUAGCAAACCACUUGUUUUGGUUAAUCUGAUGGGGGACAACCUCUUACAAGAUUUCUGUUUGCUAUAAGGAUUGAGAGAGAAAUUUUGAACCUUUUUUCUCAGGGAUGCCAGGUCAGUAUACUAAUUGACUGUUUAGAUUUUAAAAAUUAUGACUCUUUAAAUUAAAAAAAAUGUUUACAGCUCUGUCAUCUUUAUGGGUGCUUAAAGUUCCAUUAGGAAUCCUGCUACUGACCCCUACCUUAUUACCUUGUUCUCUUGACUGCCAUGGCUUUAGUGCUGCAUUCACUGAACUGGGAGACCAAUGUUAAGUACAAAUUUUAUUUGAAAAAAUAUGUAAAAUCCUAGAUAUUUGUGAACUUUCAUGACUUCUUCCCUGAGAUCUAUAAAUAACAUGAAUGAUGGAGGAAAAAGGUCAUAAAAUGUGUUUAAAUAAUACUGUGAAAUGAAUCAGUCUAUUGAAUGAUUACUGUUUGACCAGCUCUAGCAAUUGUAUCUGUUGUUUACUGCUUCUGCUAUGGCCUUGGGCAAGGAUGCAGGGCUUCUCCUGCUAGGAUCUCAAGUUUGUAUUUUUUUUCCAGUUGUUUAAAAUUAUUCCUUGGAAAAUAAUUGUCAGCUAAGCAAUUAAGCAAAUAGGAAAUAACCAGAAUUAUAAUUAUCGUUGCAUACAACACUAUUCCUUUAUUUAAAUAAACCUGCUGUCUCACACACACACACCACAGAGGGACAGUCAGAUCAAAAACUAAAUCUCUCUUAGCAAAAGAAUGAUAUUAAUCAGAGAGGUUCAAGAGACAUAUAUUGAUUUUUUUUUAAUGCAGCAUGGUGUAAUCUCCUUACUGAGGACAAAGGUAGAGUCAUGAUGCAGGAUAAUGUGGAUGACUAAGGAACAGAAAAAUCAAUGGCAGGGAGCUAGAUAUGACAAUCCAAGUCUGAUAAAAGAAAACACCAUCCCAAACUGUAGCCCAAAAACCUGAAUUAAAUCUGAACCAAAGUAUUUUUUAGUUUCUCUUCAUUUAUUAUUUGCAUUGCGAUAGGGUUACAGAGCUCCAGUCGUGGACAAGGACCCCAUUAUGCCAGGUGGAACACAAAAUUUAAUAUCUUUGCCACCUAUAUUUUUAACAUUUUUGCCUAUCUGCAGUUUUAUGGUUCUGGCUGAAAGCAUAAGUGCUAGAAUCCUGGGCCUUGUUCCUGCAGUGAAGAGUGCGGCAGAAUGCGGAGUCCUAUUGAAUUCAAUCUUUCUGUCCCUGAGCUGAAAGCUUUCAGUUGGUGUGCAUCACCCUUCCUCUCCUUAGCCUUAUUGGUUCGGAUACUGCAAUUUGCAGAGUUUAACUCUAACUGGAGUGGCAACUGGAGACUGCUUGCAGUCAGGAUUGAAUGAAGUUUUCAUACUUUCCAGGAUGUAAAGUGAGAUGAAAUACUGCUGUCUGGGCAAGGAUUUGGUAGCAUCAGAUGUAAAUAUAUUAAACUGCCAUCUGAAUGACAGGGACAAGUGACUAGUUUAUUUGUGGAAUGUGUCAUAAUAUUCCAAUAAAAUUAUUACUCUAUAAUAGGGCUAUUUAGAUUUGCAGUAUCAAACCCUCAUUAUGUUUUUGGGACAGUUUGAAGUACAUUGAGCUGAAUGCUGCAACUGGCCCCUGGAGUUCACAUCACAUUUAAGAAUUUGGCCAAUAGUUAAAAAAGGUUUACAGUAUUUAAUUUAAAAGAGUCCCAGGUACUUUACCAGUAUAUUUGGAAUAGCACUUUUAAUGUUACUCUUUCUCUAGUGCCACAAGAUUUGAGCUCCUGCUAGAAUUGGUGCAGACCCAGUUAUUCAAAUCCAGGCUACUAUUUAAUAUACAAUAGCCCAGAAGUAACGUUGUGCACUUGCUAAAUCAAAGAUAGUCUUGUUUUCUAGGGCUGCUGUUGGAGAGGCUCUUUCCUUUGCCGUUUGUUACUUGUGUACAUGUGAUAUUAAAAAUUGUGAUCUGCCACCAAAGAGGCAGAGAGCCAAAGCAAUCCUCAUUAAGAGGCAGGUUAUGCCUUGCAGUGAAUUCAAUAGAAAGACUCCCAUUGACUUCAUGUGGAAUUGGAUUUGUCUCCAAGUGAACUGUUUACCUCCAGGUAAAUGGAGGGCAGCCCCUCCUCAUGUCCCUGUGUAGCAUCAAAGCAAAAUUUCAGUCCUUCCAUGUGCCCCAUAAGUUUCAAGAUACCCCAAGUGGGUGAGAAGGUGGGUCCAUGGCCCUGUAUACACCAGUUAGCAGAUUAAGCUGGCCAUGCAAGUGAAGUAUACUAUAUCUCCUGGAUGUGUGUAACAGGUGCACUCCGCCUGUGUGUCAGGGAGCUCAGGAAGGAGUCCUGUUUUCUCAAGGGCAAAAUUCCUCUGAGAACUUCCCCUGGAGCUGUGCCCCAAUGCAGGGCUCAGUUAAACCCUAAACAAUAUUAGCAACCUCAAGCUUUGGGCUUUCCCUUAUCUCAUAUCCUGCACAUGGCUAGAUUAGUAGCAUUCAACCUAUAUAGUUAGAAAAUACCUAUGUAUAGAUAAUAUGUUCUUACCCAGGAUCCCUAUAUGGCAUAGAGUUAGUGCAUGCACAGACAAGCUCAGACUUAAGCAUGAGUUUCGGCAGAACUCAUCUUAAUCUUUGGCUGAAAGCAUGAGAAAUUCCUGUCUAGCUGGCUUAGGGCAAUCAGAGGCACUCUCCACUUUGUACUGAAUUUAUUUUUCUUUUUCUCAUCUCUUCAAUAGCUUUUGAAUUACAGUGACCACAGAAGAGAAGGGGUAUCCCUAUCUCUGCUCCACAUUGUCCUGGCACGUAAACUAUUCAAUUCUGGCAUUAUCCCAUUUAUUUUUAUGUCCUUACAACUAUAGCAAAAACCCUUUUACAACUAAAAAUGACUGUUCUGACAAAAAUUAACAUUAUUCUUAGUUGAUUUUAUUUCACAACAAAAGACAAACUUAGCAUCCGAUGAAGUGAGCUGUAGUUCAUGAAAGCUUAUGCUCAAAUAAAUUUGUUAAUCUCUAAGAUGCCACAAGUACUCCUUUUCUUUUAUCAUCUCCAUUGCAUCUUUGCAGAGAUCCAUAAAUGACUAUUGACAGCAAUGCUUGUCACUGGAAGUUUUUAGCCCUGGACUUCUGUAUGUUGUUGUAAGUAUAAUACACUGAAUGUAAUCUGUUUACUGUUCAUUUCUGUACCUACAAGAGUUUAAAAGCAUCUAGCAGACCUUGGGCUUUGUGCAGCUAUUUAAUGCAUUAUCUUACCACUCUUACCUCCUUGAUGGGCAAGUGGUAUGCCUUAAAUAGCUGAAAAGCACAACACUGAACUCUUUGACCUCUAAAGAUGGCUUUUGGGUAUUUAGGACUAGCUGUGAGAUGGCAGGCUUAUGCAGAAUAGCAGGUUUUCUUGUUCUUGUUAAAAUUGGAAGCAAAAUCUGUAAACUUUGUAGAUGAAGUAUGAAUGAAUAAUCUUUAGUUCCGUUCACUUAAAAUUCUCUCCUUGCUGUGGAUUUCUUAACCUACAAGGUAUAUUCCAUUAAAUAACAAUGAUGUCCAAAAACACCCACCCCAAAAUCCCCACUUCCUUCCUGCAUGAAAGGAGGAAUUUUAAAUAGAUAGGCCUGUACAUAGGGCUGCAUUCAUGAACCCAUCCAUAGCUGAACUGUCUCUGUCUCUUUCUUGCUGCUGCUGCUCUGAUGCCAAGUAUUUGAAACACAGAAUGACCAGGAUUGUGCUAACAAGGAACCUAAAUUGUCUCUUCUUUUGAAGAGAAUGUUGCCUCUAAAUCAAAAUAGUCAUCAUGGCCAGAUCAGCACUAAAUUAGUUUUAAUUGGGCCAGAUUCAGUCCUCGUAUAAACAGGUACAAUUCUAUAGAUUUGUAUUGUCAGAGUCUGACUUUGGCCCAGUGUGUUUCACUCAUAUAUUGCCAUUGUUCUGUAUAAGAACUCUGGUUGAUUACAUGGAUUUAGCUAUAGAUAAUCCAGGUUCUCCACUUUUGAUGCUGCAGUGCUAAGCUAUCAUCUUUAGAAGCACUAAAAUAGGGAUUAACACGUUUACCAUAUGGUUUAUAUGGUUUUACAGUCCUUCCCACAGCCUUCUUUCUUUUUAACCAUCAAUCAAGCCCACUGAUAUGGACCUUCUUUCUCAUCCCACUGCAGGCCA